AUGGGAAGUGCCAUCAACACGGUGGCCUUCCCAGCGCCGGUCUUGGACAAGCGCUUCUACCAGGACGAGCUCUUGCGCCGGCGGGAUUUGGUGUGGCUGAAGACCCAACAAGACGAGAAGAUCCCCUGCUGCUACGUGCGCGCGCAGCGCUCCAGCUCCUUCUUGUCCUCGCCCAACCUUACGAUUCUGUACAGCCACGGUAAUGCAGAGGACCUGGGCCUUCAUUUGGACUACAUCGACGCCUUGGCGCACUUCACAGGCUGCGAUGUGCUGAGCUACGAGUAUGUGGGCUACUCGUUGUCGCGCCUGGAGGGGGAUACGGCCUCAGAGGCGGCCUGUCUGCGCAGCAUCGACGCGGCUUGGCGGUACCUGGUGGAUGACCAGAAGAUCCUCCCCAAGCGCAUUGUGAUCUUUGGGCGCUCCAUCGGCUCCGGGCCCAGCGUGGACUUGGCGUCCAGGGCCACAGUGGAGGGCUCUGCGCAUUCGCCGCUGGACGCGGCAGGGGUGAUCUUGCAGUCGCCCCUGGAAAGCGGCGCGCGAGCGGUUCUGGGCAACACGGUGUCAAUCAUUGGCUACUACUUGGACAUCUUCCGAAACUACGAGAAGAUCAGCAACAUCAGAGCUCCGGUGGCCAUUAUGCACGGCACGGAGGACGAGGUAGUGCCGGUGAAGAACGGGGAGGCCAUGAGUGAUCUCAUGGCGCGCUACUCCGACUCCGAGGUCGAGCUGCUGACCGAUGCGCCGGUGGCACGCUGGAGCUUCCCCAAAGCCGCGGCGGUGAUCUUGGGUGGAGUGGGCGUGCUGGGCGUGGCCGCCGCGGGCUUCAAGGGCUCCAGGGGGCUUCGAAGCAAGUCCGGGAGCUUUGUGGGCCUGGAGGGCCUCGACGAGGUCAGCUGCUUUGCGCAGGGUAUGUUCUACACCUCCCCGCACAAGAUGGACGGUACGGAGAGGAGCGUGGAGUUCUCCGCGGAGGCGUGCCAGACGCGGUGCCAGGUGGUGCCGGAGUGCAGCCACUUCACCUUCUGGCCGGACGGGGGCUGCCUGCUCACCGGCGAGGAGUCCUCUGUGAAGGCGGCGCCCUUCAAGUUCUCGGCCACGGUCACGGGGCCCAAGUUCUGCGCGGAGGCCGUCGAGGCUGCACAGGAUGCCAUCACUGCAGCUGGGGACGCUGCCUCUGGCCUGGUGCAGCCAGUGGCAGAUGCUACCUCCGGCCUGGUGCAGCCAGUGGCAGAAGCUGCCUCCACGGUGCAUGGAGGGUGGCCGGACUCGAGUGACGUGGCAGAUGCUGCCUCCACGGUGCAUGGAGGGUGGCCGGACUCGAGUGACGUCGCAGAUGCCACUUCCGGCCUGGUGCAGCCCGCUGCGGACGCCGCCGCGAACGCUGCGAACGCGGUGACGUCGCAGGUUCAGGAUGCCAAAAGCAGCUGGGGCGCUUCCAUCCAGCAGGCCGCGGACUCCGUGAGCUCUGGGGUGCAACAGGCUUCCGGCGCUGUGUCGGACGCGGCCAACGGGGCCGUGGACGCGGCCAACGGGGCGCUGGGUGCGGCCACUGAGGCAGUGCAGAAGGUGGUGGCCACUGUGGGUGUGAACGGCACCGCCUGCUCCGCGUACCCGGCCUGCGUGUCGGUGGGGAUUACGGAGGGGGACUGCUGCCCCAACACCGACAAGGUGAGCCUUGGCUGCUGCGCAGGCUUCCCCAAGGAGGUGCUGGAGGUGAAGAUCGCUCCGGGCUCCGAGUGCUCGAUGUUCCCCCAGUGCAUGGCCCUGAACAUCACUGGCGCCUGCUGCCCCACUCCGGAGGGGGUGAAGCUGGGCUGCUGCGGAGAAAUCUGA